AUGUCUCUCUCGGGUCCGUGGGGACAAUGGGCUCCAACGGGGGUCCAGGUCACGGUGCUUCAGGCGCGCGGGCUGCGGAUCAAAGGGAAGAGCGGCACGAAUGACGCGUACGCCGUGAUGCACGUGGGCAAAGAGAAGUUCCAGACGUCAGUGGUGGAGAAGAGCGUGUCCCCGGUGUGGAGGGAGGAGGCCGCCUUUGACCUGCCCUCAGCGGGGGGCACCCUACACGUCAGCGUCCUGCACCGCGCCCUGGUGGGUCCAGACAAACUACUGGGAAAAGUUUCUAUCGACCUGCACCAGCUGCAGGAGGACACCAGCAGAGACCAGACUCAGUGA